AUGUCAAACCCCAUUGCCGAUGGUGCCCUCUUCUACCUCACUCAACAACACCGACAUGGUUAUGAAUCACAACCCAAUCUCGCGUCCAACUCGCCAUUCCCCUCCUCAGCAGAUGACAACCAAAGCUAUCCACGCUCCUCGAGCCAACGCGAUAGUGGACUCCUUGGUGAAGCACGGGAACGUUGGAAGAGUGUCCUGAGUCGAUUAUCAUUGACAGCCGAUACAACCGCCACACGCAACACUGAUCCCGAUCAUUGCACUUCAGAUAUCGAAGAGAGCAGCACAUAUGAGUUAUUGCAAAAGGAUAGCGAUCAUCGACGUGGUAGUUGGCAUUAUCCACCAAGAAUAUGGCAACAAUUCAAAAAUCACCAUCACCAUCACCAUUCAAGGCAGCAAGAUCCUAGCAAAGACGAUGAUCAAUUACCUUCCACACAAGACUUGUUUGAAUCAGCUGGAAGGAAUCAACAACGACAAAGUGCAGGAGAAGACAACUACUUCUUACAUCCUUUCAGAAAGCAAUGGCGCCAUCGACGACGACAAGAGGGGGAUGAUGAUGAUGAUGAUGCAACAGAUGAUGAAGAACAAGAUCAAUUAGCCACAAAGCCUGCUAUACCAACACCAAGAACAAGGCUUACACGGGUCUCUAUAGAUGGUGGUGGGCAAGGAGACACGAUGGAUCAGGAUACAAUGGCACGUGAUAAUUGGGGGAAAACUCUUGACAAGAUCAAGAUGAUUGCAAACAUCCAAAACUUUCCUGGUCUCGGUACAGCACGUGAUGAUAAUAUUGAUACACAACACACCAAUGGCAGAGAUAUGCACAUGGUCCCAACUACCAGCACAACAUUGGCGCCUUACUAUCCACCCAUCUUCGAGCCGGUGUUUAUUGCAUUAUCAAGGGAUGAAUAUGGUAGAAAGUUGCCACCGAUUAUACCAGCAAUGAUUUCGGUGACAGUUACGGACUCUGAGUACUUGAAGAAUUUGAAUCAAUGGGUUUUCCGCACACAACUCCAAUACGGCGACAUCAAAUGGGUCAUCAAACGCACGAUUGCUGAUUUCACCACACUGCAUUAUACGCUCAAAUUCAAAUCCAGCCUAUCAGAUUAUGUACCCAACCCACCUCAAUUUCCGGAUCAACUUGGGAGCUUGAUUAGUUCAGCACGUACAACGAUUGGUUUGGAUCGAGAAGGUGAAAGCGACUAUGAUGGACAACCCGAAGGGGAAAAGAAAGAGAUGGCGCUUGCUAGGCGACUUGCAUUGACCCAGUACCUCCGUAACCUGCUAUCCAAGUCACACAUGUUGAUGAGCUACGACAUUUGUGAAUUCUUUGAGAUAUCCUCCAUCAGUAUUGUACAAGACAUGGGUUGGAAAGGAAAGGAAGGUUUUCUCGAGCAUCGUCUACGUGAAUCCAGCCCAACAUUUUGUGGCGUAUGGAAAGUGCAUCGAUGGCACAAGGAAUGGGUGCUCUUACGUGACUCGUACAUUGCAUUUUGUGAUGGCAUUGCAUCACCAUCACCUUCAGACAUCAUGCUUUUCGACAAGACAUUCACAAUCAAAGUCAGCGAGCCAAGUUUAUUAGGAAGCUAUCAUAUGACACUGGGUACCGAAUACCGCCAAAUCGAAUUCAAGGGCAGUCGACGUGAAGUGGAAGAGUGGUUGGAAAGCAUUGAAAAGGUCAAGACCAAUAGCCCUUGGGUAAAGAAUCAUCGUUUCAAUUCAUUUGCCCCCAUUCGACAUCACGCAAGAGUCAAGUGGUUUGUGGAUGGUGAAAAUCAUUUUAAUGCUGUGGCCGAGGCGAUCCUUUCUGCCAAAUCGGAGAUUUACAUUGCUGAUUGGUGGUUAACCCCUGAAUUGUACUUGCGACGACCACCAGAGAAGAACGAAGAAUUCCGUAUUGACCGUGUCCUCCAACGCAAAGCUGAAGAAGGUGUCAAAAUCUAUAUCAUAGUAUACAAAGAGAUGUCUCUAGCAUUGACCAUUGAUUCAGCUCACACCAAACAAUGGCUCCAAAACCUACAUCCCAACAUCAUUGUCCAACGACAUCCUGAUCGACGACCCUUUGAUAGUCGGGAUUCUGUUUUCUUUUGGUCACAUCACGAGAAAUUGGUGGUGGUUGACAAUCGUUUAGCACUUAUUGGUGGAUUGGAUUUAUGUUUUGGCCGUUAUGAUACCCAUGCCCAUCGACAUGCCGACUUCCCUGCCAAAGGCCACAAGUUUUGUAUCUUCCCUGGCCAAGAUUAUUCGAGUCCACGAGUUAAGGAUUUUGUUGAUGUUGCUGCUAAGCAUGAUACUACUCUUGUCGAUCGAGAGGAGACACCCCGAAUGCCAUGGCAUGAUAUGUCUUGUGCAGUUGUCGGCCCAAUUGCCAGAGAUGCGGCGCGUUUGUUCAUUCAACGAUGGAACUUUUUAAAGGCGACAAAGAGUAUGCAUCGACCCAUUGUUCCCUAUUUGAUGCCAAAAGGAGAAUACGUUGCCCAACGUGAUGAAAGCAAGUUUGAAGGCACGUGUCGUGUACAGCUCUUACGAAGCGUUUCAAGCUGGAGUUCUGGGAUCGGUCGCGAGCAUUCCAUUUACAAUGCUUAUAUGGAAGCUAUUUCACAAGCCAAGCACUUUGUCUACAUCGAGAACCAAUUCUUCAUUAGCGCUACGGGAGAGGAUAAGAUUGUCCGUAACAAGAUUGGCCAAGCAAUUGUGGAUCGUAUCAAGCGUGCCCAUUUCAACCAAGAGAAAUUCAAGGUGUUUAUUAUCAUUCCCCUUAUUCCUGCAUUUGAAGGUGAUCUCCUUUCGGGUGAUUCAGUAGCUGCACGCGGUGUUAUGCACUUCCAAUACAUCUCGAUGAAUCGUGGUGGUGCAUCCAUAUGUGAGAAGCUACGAGAAGAAGGCAUUGAUCCAUCAGAGUACAUUGGAUGGUAUAGUUUGCGUAACUGGGAUAAGAUCGCGCCAAGGUUUCCGAAAAAGAAAAAGGGCAAAAAGUCAUCAAGGCCGACCAGCAAUGGUAACACCAACAACAAUGGCAACACCCUUUCAGUGUCUAUGGAGGAUAAAGAGGACCUUGCAAGCUUAUCUUCGUCGUCUUCACCAAAGAUGGAUGAUUGCUCAGAGGAGAAUGAGGAUGAGGAUGAUCGGGAUCAUUAUGUGAGUGAGCUUGUUUACAUCCAUGACAAGUUGAUGAUCAUUGAUGAUCGUAUUGUCCUCCUCGGCUCUGCCAAUAUCAAUGACAGAUCACUGCUUGGAAACAGAGACUCGGAAAUGGCAAUCUUCAUCGAAGACACCGAAAUGAUUUCUUCGUAUAUGGAUGGUCAGCCGUAUCAAGCUGCCAAAUUUGCACAUACGCUUCGAAUGCAAUUAUGGAAAGAGCAUUUAGGAUUAUUGGACUUCAAAGAUUGGGCAUCAUUGAUGGACGAGAGCGUUGACAAUAUUUUGCAGACGCGUGCUUCUGAAGGCAUUGGUUACAACACGAGUGCAUCAGGCGGCACUGGGUGGUGGGAUGACGUGGUGAACAACAAUGAUCGAGAUAUCCAAACAUAUGAACACGAUGAAGCGGUACGGCUCAUUGAUCGUAUGAGCAGGACACGAAGUGUCUACGACAAGUUUGCACAUGGGCCGAGGGACAACUAUAUCAAAGAGGCAGCAGCACUCGAUCCGCUGGCUGAUCGAUGCUACUACAACAUUUGGCGAAGGACGGCUGAAUCCAACACGCUCAUUUAUCGGGAUCUCUUUCGUUGUGUGCCUGAUGACACUAUACACACAUUUGACCAGCAUCGCAAAUUUGUGUCCGACAAGGUUCCUUACGGUCACAUUGCUGAUCCGGACCGACCUGCGAGCGAAAUUGCUGAGAGAUUAUCAGGCGUACGUGGUCAUUUGGUCAACUUCCCUACGGACUAUUUAAAAGACGAGACUUUGAUGAACGUUUUCGAAUCAAUGGCUCCCAUGACUCUGUUUUCAUAA